AUGGAUGUCGCACCAAGUGGGAGGAGUCAACUAAACGACGAGGCCAACCAGGAUUGGUUCAAUAUCUUCAACGUCGUGUUCGAGCUCGUCUCCGCGUAUGGUACCGUUGGCCUGAGUCUAGGCGUGGCGAAUGGCAACUACUCUUUGUCUGGCGCUUUCAGUCCCCUCUCGAAACUUAUUGUCUGCCUCGUCAUGCUUCGAGGCCGACACCGUGGUUUGCCCGUUGCCAUUGACCGCGCCGUUGUCCUUCCUUUCGAGUUCAGAAAUUCUGAUGAGGACAUGGCUCCUGGGACGGGCAGAGGACAAGGACAGGAUAGGAGUACGAGCCCGAUGUCGAGAAGGAGACCGAGCGUUACGAGUUCAAUGAUGCCGGGGAUGGGGCUAAGCGGUGGGAUCAUGCAUAAUGGAGGCGCUGAUGGUGUAUCACCUCCCGCUGGUGGCCCUGGUGGAGAGAAGGAUGGCAUGCCAGGGGUUCCGAACGAGCGGAGGAAGAGGAGGUCGUCAUCGAGGCUCAGUACACUUGGUGAUAGACUAGGUGGGAUUGUGGGUGGUGCGGGGAACGGCGGGGGCGCGGCUGAGGACAUUGUUGUUCGUGAGAAGAAGUCAUGA